AGUCUUUUGUGACGCUACAUCGGAUUGCAGCAGCAUGCCAAAGAAGUUUGUUGGUGAAAACAGCAAGGCCGUGGCAGCUCGGCAACGCAAAGAAGAUGCCAAGACUGAAAAAGAUGCGAAACUCAAGAAGAUAAUAGAGGACGCGGCGUGGGAAGACAACGACGACAAACUUAAAAAGAAACAACAGAAAAAGGAUGAACAAGAAAAGAAGCGUCUAGAGCAGCUACAGAAGAAACAAGAAGCCAAAGCUCUUCUAGAAAAGGAGAUGGAAUCCCUAAAGAGCACCCCGAAGGUGGCUCCCGCGCCCAAGAUCACGCGCGCGCAGAUUGCCAAGAUCCAGGAGAAGAGUGUCAAACCAGAGCCUCCCAAGCCAGUGCCUGCCCGAGUGGUCGUGGAGGAGCCUCCACUGGAGGAGAAUCUCAACAGGAUACAGUUGGACGGAGAGGUGGCGCAGUCCGUGGAUGAGGCUAUAUCUCUACUAAGUGAAAAAGCAGAAAUCGACAGGCAUCCCGAGAAGCGGCUAAAGGCUGCCUACACUGCCUUCGAGGAAGUCACCAUGCCGCGUCUUAAGGAAGAGAACCCCACGCUCCGCCUCUCCCAACUCAAACAGCUGCUCCGGAAAGAGUGGCUCAAGUCUCCACAGAACCCGCUCAAUCAGAAGAUCAGUGCUUAA